AUGGAUUGGUACGUUGUCAAAUUUGAAGAUGAAGAUGCAGUUGAAGCAGUACCAAAAACUUUGUACUCAAAAGAUACAAAGGAGUGCGAGAUGUGGCCUCCAUCACAUUGGAAUUCAAAGAAAAUUAAUGAUUUUAUAAAAUUAAAAAAAGCACCACAAGAUGACUGGAAUCAUCAUAAAGUUGUUAUUUUAGGGAGCUACGAAGAUCUAUCUGUUACUCAACGAAAAGGCCAAACAUACGUCUGAUCUUUCAUCGCAAAAUGAACAAUUAAGCAAACAGCGUCAUCAUAAACGAGGAAAGACUAAAAAGAAAUUAGCAAGACAUUUAUCUGAUAUUGAAUCUUCUGAUUUGUCACGGUCUGAUUCAGAUACUAAUAUUUAUCCCUCUCCAAGCUGCCUUAUAACAAAUGAUAAUAACUUAGUUCAAAAUCUGCCAGUCGAGAAUGUAACUAAAUCAACAACUGAAUGUGAAAUUUCUCGAAAAAUAGAUACAGGCUUUCAGAAGCAAAUGUUGAAAGAACUGAACGCUAUGCACUUGAAAUUGAACGAUGUGAUGGAAAGUAUGGCCCUUUUAUUAAAAAAUAAAAAAAUUCAAAAUGAGCCGACGAUAACCGUCAAUGAUAUUCCAGAUGUCGUACAUCUAUUUCCAGUAAACGAACAAACAUUAGCUGAAUUAGAACAGUGGCUUAACGUUGAUACUGAAAAUAAAAAAAAAUUGAUAUGAUCUUAAAUAAUUAGGAAGUCGAAUAUGUACAUAAUGAUAAUUGAUAGUCAUUAAUACUUUUGUAACGGUAAUUGAAACUAUUUUAGAUUAUGGAAGUAAGUUGCGUCGGGGGCUUAAAUGUUAAAGAAGUCACGAGAAGAAUUAUGUACAGAGUCUUCACAAAUGAAGUUGGAACAAUGUAUUCCUGGGAAGGUGCUAAAAAAAAGAUCUUCAAAAAUCUAGUGAUAGCUUCGGUCAUUUUGGGUGCUGUUCGAUAUUGCAAAAGCAGUUCAACCGAGGCAGAAGUAAUCAGUUUCAUCAAAGCUUGGCUGGUUAGAUGCAAAGAUCGCAUCCGUAAUGCCACUAAAAACGUGAACAAUAUAGCAAUCGAAGAGAACAACGAAGAAACAGUGAAUGAGACUGAUGCACAAGUUUAAACAAAGUAUUUAUAUUAUUUUAAAAUCUAAGUUUGUUACGAUGGUUUAAUUUUUAUUUAAAUUUUAUGUACACUAUCGCUUAUAAUUCCAGCAUAUUUCUUAAAAUACUAUUUUUACCAACUUUUCGAGAUUAAUAAUUUGAUAAUUUACAAGUAUAUUGCGUUAUGUUUGUUUAAAACUGUGAAAAAGCGCUACAAAUAUUUCAGGAUUGUUUUCUUGUUUUAUAUUAAUUUGAAACCUUUGAGUAAACAAAUACUUGUGAGCGUUAGUGUAUACAAGUCUAUAGAUCCAAAGUAUUAAGACUCCUAAGUACCUUUUUUGUUUUAAGUAAUAAGUCAUACUUUUGGUAAUAAGUAUAAUUUAAAAGUUUAUAUUUGUUCAAGAUAUAUGUGAUAAAAAGAUAUAUGUGAUAACAAGAGAUUUAUAUAACUCUCAAAGAUAUGCAAAAUAUAUACCUUUAAUCCCUGU